GACACCUUUUUCGCCCUUCGUCACCGUCGAUGCGGACGCGAGGUAGACAAUCAUUCCGGGGCGGAACCAGUCGCUGAGACGACAUGCAAUGCAAAAGGUCUCUCUUGUGGUAACCUUGUAGCCACCCCAAUGGCUGCUCUGAUUCGGCUGUACGUACACAUCUAUCUCCCCGGCCCAUCAAUUUAUAAUUUCUGACAAGAGCAUGCCAUUGCUUACCAGUUACCUCCUCUCUUUUGUGAUUGAUCGAUCUUAUCCUAGUGGCCUCAUACUUGGAUUCUCCCUAUAAAUGGAGCCCAAAAGUAGCUAUACGUUCUCAUCGCUGGGACAGAAAUAAGCACAAAAGAAAAACCGAAGGCAACAAUAAGCAAAGAGCAUUCGCUUCUCAGUUGUUGCAAUUGCUCCCUUGUUGCGAUCGAGAUGAACGCGAGGGUUUUCGGCGAGGGGAGGGAGACGCUGGUGCUGGCCCACGGGUACGGGGGAAGCCGGUUCAUCUGGGACGACGUCGUCCCGUCGCUGGCGGAGAAGUUCCGCGUCGUCGUCUUCGACUGGAGCUUCUCCGGCGCGGCGGCGACCGAUCGUCAUAACGAUGUUGGCGGCGAUGGCGAGUGCUCGUACCAUGGCUUCGCCGACGAGCUGGUGGCGCUGAUGGACGAGCUAGAGCUGAAGAGCGCCGUGUUCGUGGGCCACUCCAUGGCCGGCAUGAUCGGCUGCAUUGCGUCCGUCGCAAGGCCCGACCUGUUCAGCCGCCUCGUGCUCGUUGGCGCCUCUCCUAGGUACAUCAACGAGGAGGGUUACGAGGGCGGGUUCGAGCGCGGCGAGGUGGACGCCAUGCUGGGCGCCAUCGAGGCGGACUUCGCGGCGUGGGCGCCGCUCUUCGCCGAGGCCGCGGUCGGCGCCGGAGUCGACGAUGGCGGCGCCGUGGCCAAGUUCGCGAAGCAGCUGGGCACGAUGCGGCCGUGCGCGGCGCUCCGCGUGAUGCGCGCCGUGCUGACGUGCGACGUCCGGGGCGUGCUGCCGUCGGUGGCCGCGCCGUGCACCAUCGUGCACUGCGCCAGGGACGCCGUGGCGCCGCUGGCCGUGGCGCGGUACAUGCAGCGCGCGAUGGGGAUGGGCGCCGGCGGGGGCCGUGGCGCGGACACCGUGGUGAUCGAGGCGUGCGGACACUUCCCGCAGCUCAGUGCGCCCAAGGAGUUCGUCCGGGUCCUCGAGGACAUCCUGCUCGACCGCUAGCUGAUCGACCUACUUGCCGGCUGGCCUGCCAUAUAAUCCCUCGCGUCUCUGAAUGUAUCUAAAGCGUCUAAAUACACGUAAUAUUUCAACACUUAAUAUAUGGGACGGAGGUACAACUAGCCAUGGAUUUCCUGGGUGUUGAAUAUGUAUGUUAAUUAAGGAUUUGUGUUUGCUUAA